UGAGACUCAGAUGGUGAGUUGUCACUGACGUAAAAUGGCGCAAAAAGGAGUUCAGCUGGACCGGGAAACUUUCUCUUGUUCCAUCUGUCUGGAUCUACUGAAGGAUCCGGUGACUACUUCUUGUGGACACAGCUACUGCAUGGACUGUAUACAAAGCCACUGGGAUGUAGAGGAUUGUAAGAAAAUCUACAGCUGUCCUGAGUGCAGGAAGACGUUCACACCGAGGCCUGUCCUGCUGAAAAGCACCAUGUUAUCAGAUUUAGUGGAGGAACUGAAGAAGACUGGACUCCAAGCUGCUCCUGCUGAUCACUGCUAUGCUAGAGCUGAAGAUGUGGCCUGUGAUAUCUGCACUGAGAGGAAACUGAAAGCCCUCAAGUCCUGUCUGGUGUGUCUGGUCUCUUACUGUGAUCAGCACCUUCAUCCUCAUUAUAACUCCUCUGCGUUUGAGAAACACAAGCUGGUGGAGCCCUCCAAGAAGCUCCAGGAGAACAUCUGCUCUUAUCAUAAUGAGGUGAUGAAGAUGUUCUGCUGUACUGAUCAGCAGCUAAUCUGUUAUCUCUGCUCUGUGGAUGAACAUAAAGGCCACGACACAGUCUCAGCUGCAGCAGAAAGGACUGAGAGGCAGAAAAAGCUCCAGGGGAGUCGACAAAACAUCCAGCAGAGAAUCAAGGACAGAGAGAAAGAUGUGAAGCUGCUUCAACAGCAGGCGGAGGCCAUCAAUCGCUCUGCUAAUAAAGCAGUAAAGGACAGUGGGAAGAUCUUCACUGAGCUGAUCCGUCUCCUGGAGAAAAGAAGCUCUGAUGUGAAGCAGCAGGUCAGAUCCCAGCAGAAAAGAGAAGAGAGUCGAGUCAGAGAGCUUCAGGAGAAGCUGGAGCAGGAGAUCACUGAGCUGAAGAGGAAAGAUGCUGAGCUGGAGAAGCUCUCACACACAGAGGAUCACAGCCAGUUUCUACACAACUACUCCUCACUGUCACCACUCAGCCAAUCAACAUCCAGCAUCGAUCUCCAUCCUAGGCGCUACUUUGAGGACGUGACGGCGGCCUUGUCAGAAGUCAGAGAUGAACUACAGGAGGUUCUGAGAGAGAAGAGGACAAUCAUCUCAGGGACUGAUCUGGCUGUUUUACUGCCACAACCACAGCCUGAAACCAGAGAUGACUUCUUAAAAUAUUCAUGUGAAAUCACACUGGAUCCAAACACAGCACACACACGGCUGUUAUUAUCUGAGGGGAACAGAAAAGCAACAAUUACAUUGGAUCAACAGUCUUAUCCUAGUCACCCAGACAGAUUCACUGAAUGGGGGCAGGUCCUGACUAGAGAGAGUCUGACUGGACGUUGUUACUGGGAGGUGAAGUGGCGAGCAGAUUUAGUUUAUAUAUCAGUCGCAUACAAGGAUAUCAGCAGAGCAAGGAGGCCGGAAAUAUGUGACUUUGGAUACAAUGACAAAUCUUGGGCAUUGUAUUGUGACUAUAACAGUGUUAAAUUUUGGCACAACAAAGUCCAAACUCUCGUCUCAGGUCCUCCGUCCUCCAGAAUAGGAGUGUACCUGGAUCACAGUGCAGGUAGUCUGUCCUUCUACAGAGUCUCUGAAACCAUGACUCUCCUCCACAGAGUCCAGACCACAUUCACUCAGCCCCUCUAUGCUGGACUUAUGCUACAUGAUUUAAGAGACACUGCUGAGUUCUGUAAACUAAAUUAGACAAAAGUCGUUUAAGGGUUAAACUCAACAUACAAAUACGUAAUCACAAAUAAAUUUAAAUUUUUUUUCUCCAUGUUUGUUGCUAAGAGCUGACUGCUCUGACAGCUCACAGAGAUCAGCUGUCAAUCAAACAUUAUGGGAUGUCCUUUGACAUAUUGUCAUUUAGAUAGAUAGAUAGAUAGUUUUAUUGUCAUUGCAUAUCUCUACACAACAAAAUUAAGAUGACAUCAAUCACUCACUUAGCAGCAUAACGAUAGAAGGAUAAAAAGUGACACUGUCAGCAACAGUUAAUAGAUAAAUAUAUAGUAUAAAAAUAAAAUUAAAGUAUUAAAACAAGAAUAAGAAAACCAUUACAUUUACAAACACAGUAUGGUUCAAGUCCAGAUUAGCUUAGUCUUUCAACCUUUCUGACAACCUACUUUGUUGUUGUGUAAAUGUUUGAGUUUCUUUAGGUGGCGCUCCUUCCUGUGUCUGUUUAGCCAUGGAGGCUAUCACUGCUCAUGAUGAUGUUUGUUGAAAUUUGUACUGAAAAUGUAAACUUCUCUGUGCUCUAAA